GUGUAUCAGGGCAUGUGUCCUUAGCGCUAUGCUGACAUCAUAGUACAGGUGGAAAGGGUGGAGCUUCUCUUGUCUCUCUUCUCUUCUCAUACUGAGUGAAGUCUGACAGAGCAGGACGGACACCAAGUUCUCACACCCACAUCAUCAUCUCCUCAGACUGAACUUCUCUGGAGAUGACAGCACGUCGGAGUUGUUGUCUCUGAACACCCCUCCUGAACCGAAAUGACCAGAAGUCACGCCUGUUCACGGGGAACUUUCGUUUUUCUGAGCGGAUUUUAACGCGUCCGGGUCCAGAUCAGAUCACAUCAGAUCAGAUCAGAUCAGAUCACCUGUUCGGGCUGGGAUGAGAUGCUAUGAGAGAUUCUUCAUUCUCACAGGUCUGCUGUGUGUAGGGCUUCUAAUCUUCACCUCCUGGCAUGCCACAAACGACGAUAACGCAUAUGAACAAUUCCACAAGGUCUACUGGAGGCUAUUAAAAGCUGAGCAGCAUGGAGAGGAAUUGUCAUACAAACUGAUUCAAAUGUUGGAGAAACUAAAGGAACUAAACAACACUCGUGCUAAUCUGACUAUCUCCAACUCCUCAAGGAACGCCUUGGGUAACUCCUCGGCUAGACACUUUUUCCAGCUAGACGCUCUCCUGUACCUGCCCCACCUCAGAGAGAGCGACGAUAGCCUACGGCCGAGAGUUCACCUGGGACAGGGGCGCAGCGGAGUGUCCCUAGUGCUAGGCAUCCCCACAGUGCGCAGAGAGAAACAGAGCUAUCUGGUGAACACCGUGAGCUCUCUCAUUUUCGACCUCACACCCGAACAGAAGACCGACAUCGUCAUCAUCAUCUUCAUCGCUGAGACAAACAAUACCUUUGUGAAGAGUAUAGCAAAAAGCAUUCAAGAGAAUUUUCCAGAUGACGUGAAGUCCGGAUUGGUUGAAGUAAUCUCGCCCUCGCCCUUCUACUAUCCAGAUCUGUCUAACCUGAAGGAAACGUUCGGUGACUCAAAAGAAAGAGUGAAAUGGAGGACGAAACAAAACCUGGACUACAGUUACCUCAUGCUGUAUGCUCAACACAAGGGUAGAUACUACAUCCAGCUGGAGGAUGACAUUGUGGCAAAGUCAGGAUACAGUGAUAUUAUAAAGGAGCGUAUCAGUAAUGUGGACACUGAGCAAUGGCUUUUCCUGGAGUUCUCACAACUGGGCUUCAUAGGAAAGCUGUUCCGAACUUCAGAGCUGCCCUCUAUUGUGGAGUUUUUUUUGAUGUUUCACAAGGAUAAACCCAUCGACUGGCUGCUGGAUCACAUCCUCUGGGUCAAAGUGUGUAACCCAGAGAAGGACAGUAAACACUGCAAUGGUGAAAAGGCAAAGCUGAAGCGCACGUUCAAGCCCUCCCUGUUUCAGCAUGUGGGUGUGCACUCCUCCCUUCCUGGCAAAAUACAGAAUCUGAAAGAUAAAGACUUUGGGAAGCAGGUCCUGUAUAAAGCCCACCAGAACCCUCCUGCCAUGCUGAACAGCAGUUUGACUUAUUAUCAGAGUCAUUCUCUGGACAGGGCUUAUCGAGGCGAAGACUUCCUGUGGGCUUUCACACCCAACAUAGGAGAUUACAUCUUUAUCAUGUUCAACACGCCUCAAACCGUUAAAAGGUACCGCUUCAGAAGUGGAAAUAUUGAGGCUAAUGGAGAUAGGUUUUACAACACCACCGUGGAGGUGCUGCCUAGUGACGUUUCUGUGAGGAAGCGUGCAGAACAAGGAUUGCUCCCAUGUUGCAAACCUUCCUCAGGUGGCUUUAUUGUAAUAGGCUCUUUUGUAAACGGAAUAGCAGAGGGACCAAUCGACAAAGCGAUACAUGACUUGGAAGGCAUGCGUCUCAUUGUUCAUUCCACUUCAGAUGCCUGGGUCGUCCUGAGUGAAAUCUUUAUUGAAGUUUGAUGAACUGUGAAGAGAGGAAAAAACGAACCCUGCUGCAGCUCGCCUCUCUCUCUGAGCAACAGCGCCCCCAAUGGUCAAAAAGAGUUCGGGAACAAGCAUAUCAUGAACCUUUCGUCCUUCACAUUUCUGAUGUUUGGAUUGCUCCUGGUUGCUUUGUGUUACAACCAACACAACUGAGCAUCAUCACCUGAGGAAUACCUCAUCUAUAUCUCAGUUUUUGACUUAUUAUAAUUAGAGGAGGAACUUGAUGGGAGGUGAACACUGUUGAGCACAAAUAUAUUUGCACUAGAAGAGGCUAAUAUUUAUAUACAUAAAUUUUAUAUAUAUAUAUAUAGAGACAGAGAGAGAUACACUAUUUUUUAGUACAUAAUAAGAUUUUGCUUAUUGUGAAGUUGUUUUUAUAUUAAUAUUAAUCAGAAUAGCGCUCCAAGCCAAAGUCAUUACAUUACAGUUCUUACUGUAUUUACAGAUGCUGAAUACAUCACGUCAAAAUCUCUCAUCUUUUUCUUUCUCUCUGCUAUUAUUCGUCAGAGUUGUGUAGAUGUAAAUGAGCGUGAAUUUGAGCACGCCGAAUGACCUAUGAUCAAAUCCGCACCUGGUUCAAUGAUAAUCUCUUGUCUGCAUGUCAUAUACAUGCAGCACACUUCAGUUUAGCCUGAUAUACAUCGUGAAACACGCCCUAACCUAUAUAAUAAGUGUCGGGACGCUGAGCCAGUAAGAAGAAAAUCAUUCAGCAGGCUAAACCAAGAUCCCAGGAAAGAAAGAAGUCAACAAAAAGGAGAAGAAGGAAGUUUCAGUGAAAUUGAGUUCAAGGUACUUUAUAUGAAUUUAUAUUUAUGUGAAUAUAUGAAUUUCAUUCAUUUCAAUUGUAUACACGUCACAUUAAAUCAUUCAUUUUUUCCUUCCAUCUAAAAAUAUGUACAUUGUUGCCAGUGUAUUUUCUUUGUUUUGAAUUUUCUAGGGGUAAGAUUUGCCUAAUUGUAAAUUACAGGUUACAACUUUGAGAAUUUGAGCCCUAAAUACAAGUCUCGACGAUGCAAAUUAAUCCCAGUGUGAAGAUUCCCAAGGAAAAGUAGACGCUUACAGAGUGGUAAUUAAAAUAAUUAAAAUAGGUUUUAUCUUCUUCUCAAAUAGCUAGUUUUCUACAACUCUCAAUGCCCAGGAAACUAUCUAGCUAGUUAGGUUAUGCUAACAUUAGCUUCCUUGCGAUUGUUAGCAGCUAACAACCAAAGUUAACAGGAAUGUAUCUAAUUCAGUAGAACAAAAAACUUUCGACAUAUUUACCACUUUAUGGUUCCUAUCUUUUGUUUUGACUCCAGCUAACUCUACACGUCACUUCACUUCAGGAAGAUCAGUGUGACAGAUUGGCUAAAUGCUAAAGUUCAGCCACUCUGAAAGAGUUUACUUUUUCCCUGGGAACCGAAAUUUGAAUUUAUGUUUUUUUUUUAUUUGUAUUUUUUCCUUCUCAAAUCUCAAAACCGUAGCCGUAAUUUCACAGUAUACUGCAUGUUAUCUUACCGCUAGUUAAUUCAACACAAAGAAAUAACUGUAGGCAAAAAAAGAAAAAUGUAUUCAACACACCACAGGGCGAGAAAAAAAAAAAGAAUUUUAUUUAACGUAAAGCGUAAAUAAUACAAAUAUCCGAAAUCCAUACUGAAAUAAUAUUGUCAGACUCCAAGAUCCAAGUACUUCCGUUUAUGGUUAUAAUCAGAUAGAGAACCGAAGUGUUUUCCAGCUCCAGGUUGUUAUGUGAACUCUAUUUAUAGCUAGGCUUUUAUUCACUUUGGAACUUGAAAAGUUCAGAUUUAAUGAAAGUGUUAUUUAUUAAUACAGGUGAGACGAGUUUCCAUCCCGAAUAAAACACAUCUUUGUUUCGUUUAAAGGAAACGCUGAAAGAAAUGAAACACUGACAAACAGACAACCAAUUAGAAUACAUUUUAGAUUUAAAUGGAUUCAAAGUUGAUAUGAAUUUGCUUAAGAGCUCAUAACGAAUGAGCUUAUUAGAAAUCACAUCGGAUUGACGUUUACAAAAUCACACAUUGUGGGUAAUUGUGAUUAUGAGUAGGGUUUUUUUGGGGUUUUUUUUAACUAUUUUUAUGGUUAUACUCCGCUUACUUUCCGUGCUAUAAAGAGCAAACUAAGCUUGAUUUCGAUUUUUCAUCCCUAUUAACGGCUUUUGGAUCCUUUCAUCAUAAUAUUUGGUCCGCUGUAACAUUUUGUACAUUGUCCCUCACUUUUCUUUCUUACAUUUACGUUUAUUCAUUUAGCAGACGCUUUUAUCCAAAGCGACGUACAGUACAAUACUUCAAAUAAGGUUCGAAGACGAAGAGAUUCCUAGCAAAACUCCUCUUGCCUUAUUAUGGCUUUACUUGAUUUUGCUGCGGGUUUUUUCAAAAAUUGCGAUAUAGAUUUUUUUGGGGUGUUUUUUUUUGUUUGUUUGUUUGGUUUUUUUGCUAAAAACUACUUGCAUUAGCAACACUGCAAUCGCAUGAAAUAGUUCUGCAUGUUCUUUCGCAAUAAUGUUUGUUGGUAAAUGAGACCUUUCAGCUGUACUCGUGCUCGACGCACGUGAAUCGAAGUAAGCUUUGGCUGAAUGAACAUUGUGAUGACGUCACAUGACACGUCUCGGCCCAAAUCUGGGGUAAAUAUGCGUUAUUUUUUGAAACAUUGCGAGCUCCUCGUGGUGGUUGCUUGAUUUGAGGGACUGAAUAAUUGAUUUUGUUUGAUGUUUUUACUCAAAAUUUUUUGUUGAACAGUUGGAACCAUGGAGAACUAUGAUGAUCAGCAUGACUCAAACGUUACGUCUUUAGUACUGUAAGAAAAAAAAAUGAUGAGGACGUCGAAGAUCUCAAUGAAGAAUGACUUUGUUCCAGCGAAGCAGCGAUAAAGUACAUGGAGCACUUGAUGUCAAAAUGACGCUCGAACAAUAUUAGCUCAGACAUUUAUUACGUUUAUUAAUUUAAGGAUUAACAGUUGAUCACUUUCCGUUUUCACAUUAUUAAUCUCGUUACAGGUGUGUAAACCUGAAUGGUAGGGAGAUACGUAUCUCAGAUGUCUUUCUGAAUAAUUGUUGUCGGGUACACCUUGUUCAGGGAUAGUUCUUGUUGUCCCACUGCCGCGCCCAUGCUAUAAAUGAUUGACUGUCACGUCAGGUAGUAUUAUUCACACAUCACUGAGAUUGAGGUGAUGUCUCCUUGUAAUAAUUAAACCUCUUUUUUUUCGGGGGUGGAGGCGGGGGGACAACUUCUAUUUCUUUUCUGUUACAGUAUGAUAUUUAUUACAAAAUCAAUAAAGCAAAAAACUCCUGUUUU